AUGUCUUUUGCUGAAAAAGAUUCAACAAGGACUUUUAGCCUGGACUCCUACUAUGUUUCAGAAGAUCUGGGAUUCAUUCUGCAUGAGCCUAUGACAGAGCUGCCAUCCUAUUAUCAGCCAUGGAUGGAUAUUGCCCUGCACCUCCCAGAGCUCGUGCUCUCACAUGAGCUGCGCUCUCGUGUGAGCAGGAUGCCACUGCUGAGCAGCCAGUAUCUGCACUCGCACAGGGAGCUGCGGCUGGCCCACCUGGCUCUGGGCGCUACCACCAUGAGCUACGUUUGGCAGGAGGGAGAACACCACACUGUCAAAGUGCUGCCACAGAACUUGGCUCUUCCAUAUUGGGAGGUAUCAGAAAGAUUAGGGCUUCCUCCCAUCUUCAUACACGCGGAUGCAGUCUUGGCAAACUGGAAAAAACGGGAUUCAGAAAAACCCUUUGACAUUGCGAACUUGGAUUUGGUGGUCAGACUGCCAGGUGGAGAAAGUUUGAGGGGUUUCUUCAUGGUCACUCUCCUAGUGGAGCUUGCAGCAAUUCCAGCACUCAAGAGCAUUCCUAAAGUGUGCAGAGGAGUGAGCAGUGGGUACAUUGUGGAUGUGGCCCAAGCUCUGCAGGACAUCAGCAAGUCUAUACACGACAUGACAGAGGCUCUCAAACUCAUGCAUGUAUAUGUGGAGCCAUCUGUUUUCUAUGGUAUUAUAAGGAUCUACCUGUCCGGUUGGAAAGACAAUCCCAGCAUGCCCAAUGGUCUAAUCUAUGAGGGAGUCAGCCCUGAGCCCAUGGAGUUCUCUGGAGGGAGUGCAGCACAGAGCAGCUUAUUGCACUGUUUUGAUGAACUUUUGGGAAUCAAACACGAGGCCAAAGGCGGGGCCUUUCUCACCCGCAUGAGAGACUAUAUGCCCCCUGCACACACACAAAUGAUUAAGGACAUCUCCAGUUGGCCUUCUUUGAGGUGUUUUGUACAUGAACAAUGUGAUGAAGAGCUAAACCAGGCCUACCAGCUUUGUGUGACCGAGCUGACAGAGUUCAGAAACUACCACAUCAACAUGGUGAGUCGGUAUAUAACAAUACCUGCUGCCCGCGCCCGCCAGCUGCGCCUUGAGAAGACAACUGAAGAAGAAAUGAUUGCGAAGGCGCCCACGGCUCUGGAGGAGAGAGGCACUGGUGGAUCCAGCAUUAUGAGCUUUCUUAAGACAGUCAGGGACGAAACAAAACAGGUCUUCCCAACUGUCAACAAGAAUUAA